AUGUUUCCUGUAAAAAAGCAACCGAUCGUCUAUAUCUCCCGUAGUGAUUGUUUCAGCGCAUGUCAUCGACUGAAUAACAAUAAUCUUUCAGAUGAAGAUAACCAAAUUAUAUUUGGUAAAUGUAAUAACCCUAAAGGACCACGGUCACAAUUACAAAGUCGAGGUGACUGUUACGUGGUCCUGGUUGACCCUGUGACCGGAAUGGUGCUCAAUCUUACCGAUCUUAAAGCUUACAUGGAAGAAGCGUUUAUGUCAACACUUGAUCAUAAAAAUUUGGAUUUAGACGUGGACUAUUUUAAAGAUAAAAUUAGCACAGCAGAGAAUAUUGCAGUGUAUAUUUGGGAGAGAAUGGCUGAUCAACUUACACCUGGACUUUUAUAUGAGGUCAAAGUGCAUGAAACUGAAAAGAAUAUUGCUAUUUAUAGAGGUGAACAGUCAGAAUAA